UUGUAAAUCCUCCUUCAUUUCUCUGAAUUUGACCCAUUGAUUCGAUCACACACCUGAACUCUUUCCCUUCGCAAUUCACCCAAAUCACUUCUGUCUAUUCUUUCCACGUUCAAUUGAAGCUGAAGAAGAACGUGGUCCUAAGGAAGAGGAGACCGGGAUCGCCACCAUCUUUGACUUGAACCUGCAAAAUUUUAUCCGUUAGGUUCACUGAGUUAAGAUGACAGAGAUCAUUGUUUCCAUUGCUGCUAAAGUCUCAGAACAUCUGGUGAAUUUAACCAUACGUCAAGGACAGUAUUUGUUUCGUGUCAACAAAAUCAUGAAGAAACUUGAGACUGAGAAGAAGGCCCUGACUUCAACUCAUGAUCAUGUACAGAAAAGAGCUGAAGAAGCUAAUCAUAAAGCAGAAAACGUCAAUUAUGUAGUUUCAAGUUGGCUGAAUGACGUGAUGGAACUCAUAAAAGAGGUGGAGCAGUUGGAACAAGAAAUAAUGCUCCACAGCAGCAGUUGUUUGCGAGGGAAGUUUCCUACCAGGAGCAGAUACAUUCUGUGCAAGCAAAUGGAAAAGAAAACAGAAGCUAUGAUGCAGCUGAACAAAAAAUGUCACUUUGAACCAUUUUCCUUCCCUGUCCCGAUUCCAGAUAUAGAGCAUUUCUCUUCUGGAAACUUUGAGUAUUUUAAGUCUACAAGAUUGGCUGCAGAUCAACUUUUGGAAGCACUAAAAGAUGAUAGUAGUUAUAUAAUUGGUUUAUAUGGGAUGGGAGGCUCCGGGAAAACAACACUGGUGAAAGAAGUGGGUAAGAAAGCAAAAGAAUUAAAGCUAUUUGAUCAUGUUGUAUUUACCACUGUGUCCCAGUCUCCAAAUGUCAUGAAAAUUCAAGACGAAAUUGCUGACUUGUUGGGCCUGAAAUUGGAUGAAAAAAGUGAAGCAGGGAAAGCAAGGCGGAUAUCUGUGAGAUUACAAAGUGGCGAACGUAUUCUCAUAAUUUUGGAUGAUGUUUGGACAAAGCUCAACCUUGAGGAUAUAGGGAUUCCUGUUGAUGGAAAUCUCAAGGGUUGUAAGGUGCUUCUUACCACUCGUCGUCACGACGUGUGCAGUUUAAUGGACUGUCUAAAGAGGAUUCCCCUAGAUCUCUUAUCUGAAGAGGAAGCUUGGAGUUUAUUCCGAAAGCAUGCAGGCAUAGAUGCUGUGUUAUCUUCCAACUUGCCGAACAAUAUGCAACUGCAACGGGAGGUUUGUAAGGAAUGUAAAGGACUGCCCAUUGCCAUUGUCACUGUCGGAACCUCCUUAAAAGGAAAAUCAAAUGGAGUUGAUGAGUGGAAGGUAGCAUUACAAAGUUUGAGAGAUUCAAAACCUGUGGAUGUGGAUGAAGGCCUUGGAGAUGCUUUCAAUUGUCUUAAAUUAAGUUACGAUUACUUGAAAAGAGAUGAUACCAAGUUGCUUUUCUUGAUAUGUUCUGUGUUUCCAGAAGAUCAUGAGAUCCCUGUUGACGACUUGGUCAAAUAUGGAGUGGGACUGGGUAUCUGUGGGGGGUCAUUUGAUUCAGCCAGUACCCGAUUGAGAAUGUGCAUUAAUACACUUGUAGAUUCUUGUCUGUUGAUGCGUUGUGAGAUGAGUAAAGUUGACCAGCUCUUUCGCCCUAGAAAGGACCAUGUAAAAAUGCAUGAUAUGGUUCGUGACGUAGCUUUAUGGAUAGCAUCAAAAGAUCGAGCUAUUAUAGUAAAUCCUGCCAGAAAUCUGAACACAUCAAUAGAAAGUGAAGCCAUAAAAGAUUGUUAUGCACUGUCUUCAUGGUACAAUAAUGGAACCGAUAAGUUUCUUCAUAGAUUGGAUGCUCCAAAACUUCAGAUCCUGCUCAUAAAUCUUUCUGCUCAUACAGUUCCCCUGGGAUUGGCAGGUUGCUUGGAAUUAUCUGAUGAAUCAUUUCAAGGUCUGAAAGAACUUAAGGUUCUGGCUUUGAUCGAUAAAAGUUAUUAUCGGAAAAUGGCUAUAUCAUUCCCCCAAUCAUUGGAGAUGUUGACUAAUCUUCAAACUCUGCGCUUAGUAGGGUUGGAUUUGGGUGAUAUCUCUUUUGUGGUGAGCCUAAAAAGACUUAAGAUUCUUGACCUGCAAGAUAGUAAAUUCAAUGAACUGCCCAAUGGAAUCACAAUGCUGGACAAGUUGAAGUCGCUGGAUUUGUCACAAUGCAUAAUCAAGGAGCCUUGUUUUGAAGUAAUAAGAAGAUGCUCACAACUAGAAGAGUUAUAUGCAUUCGGCCAUGGCGAUUGCUCAAGUCCUAGAAUAAUGGAUCACUAUCAAUGCUUCAGGGAUGAUGAUGAUGUUAUUUUCCCAAAUUUGCAGAGGUACAAAUUAUAUUUAGGGCCGCUUAUGAGCUAUCCAUGUGAACUGCAUUCAUCAAGCAAGAAAAAUCUAUAUGUGAACGGAUUUAAUCCCUCAGCUUCAGAUGCUUUUGUUAAGUAUCUUCUGCAAAGGACAUUGGAUGUUCGUCUGUAUGGCCUUCGUGGAGGAUGCAAAAAUAUCUUUCCAGCUACAGUUCAAGCUGUCGGAUGCAUGAAUGAGAUGACUCAUCUCCAGCUCAUUUUUUGUUCGGAGUUGGAAUGCCUUGUAGAUUCUACUUCCAAUAAUGCAGAUAAAAUCCUGCUAGAUGCAGCAUUCCCUGAACUGGUUGAGUUAUGUCUGGAACGUAUGAAUAAUUUAAAAGAAUUGUGGCGUGGUCCAUUUGUGCAUUGUUUCUUUGGAAAGUUACAAGUCAUUAGAAUGGUGUCUUGCAACCAGUUGCACAACAUCUUUCCUCGGGAAUGUAACAUGCAAAAUCUUAAGAAGCUCUCAAUAUUCAAAUGCCGGACUUUGACAUCCAUCUUCCUGAUGUCGGUUGCAAGGACUCUGGCGAAGCUAGAAUGUCUAAUUAUCAAAGAGUGCUCAGAAUUGAGGUAUAUAAUAAAUAGUGAAAAAGAAGAUGGCACAGAUGCGGAGGAUGUAACAGUUCAUAUGCCAUAUGAUUCUCAUGAGAUACUCCCUGAACUGAAGGAGCUCAUCAUCAGUUCCUGUAACAAGUUAGAAUUUAUACUCCCAAACUCUUGUGUUGAAGGCCUUUUGCAGCUGCGGAAAAUACAGGUUUCUCGUGCCCCUAAGAUGAAAUAUAUCUUUGGUCCAUCCCACAAUGAAGAUCAAUUAUCUUAUCUGAACAGGACCAAGAUGGCGCUUCCUCUCCUAGAAGAAAUAGAACUUCAAAGUCUCCCAGAUCUUCUUGGGAUUUUCUCAGGAAACUAUAAUUUAAGCUGGGAAUGUCUUAAGAAACUAACAUGGAGAAAUUGUCCCAAAUUGAGCACAAAUUCAUCUCACAACAAUUUGAAUUUUGCUUUGGAACAUCAACAGCUUCCUCCAAAUACGGAAACACACCUUGGCAGGGAAUACUUAACCUCAAAAUUAGAAAAGUUGUCCUUACUAAAUGUACAUGAUUUGAGGUUCAUAUGGACAGCUUCCACUUUGUCACAAGCUCUGAGGCUUCAACAUCUUCGUUCUUUGACUGUGAGUAGGUGCAGAAAGCUAAAAUCCGUCUUUCCUUCAGUUAUCCAAAGAUGCCUGCCAGAGUUACAGGAACUAUACAUAGGAAACUGUGAAGAGUUGGAAGAAAUUGUUGCAGAGAAUGAAAAAUAUGAUAAUGUAUCCAUUUCUCAAGCGUGCUUUCCAAAACUUUCAAGGAUUGAAGUGUGGCGAUGCAACAAGUUGAAAAGCCUUUUUUCUACUGCCAUAGCUAGAAAUCUUCCUCAACUAAGCAGUCUAAUCAUAGUUGAUGCUGCUCAGUUAAAGGAGAUUUUCAGACAUGGUAAUGACGCAGAUCCUGUGUAUGGGAAGCCCCUCAUCUUGCAAAAUUUGAAAGAAUUAAGAAUCGAGAAAUUGAAGAGUCUUGUUAAUGUUGGAAUCCUUUUACCCACAAAAGAGCUUUGCAAAGUUCGCAGACAUGAUUGCCCAAAUAUUGGGAGCAGCAUAGUUGAUUCUGCUUCUUCAGGGAACAGAGGAACCACAGAUAAGAGCGACGAAUGAUGGCCAAGUCUUAAGAUUUGCAAGCCGCUCCAAACAUGAAAGACAUUUACUUAUGGAUGACAAAAAUCAUGUUUUGAAGUCUCAACUGUAUUUUGGCUACAUUUGGAGGAGCAUCUUACCUUACCUUACGGGUCUGGGUGGGUCACAAUAGAGCUAUUUGUUUAUGUAUGGCAGACAAAAAUGGUUGACAGAUUUUUUGCUUUCCUUUUUUUGGCCAACAAAAUGUUUCACAAUUAGGUUUGUUAUUCCCUCUGGAAUUAUUUCUUUUCUGGGAAGAUGUUGUGCUCCUGGCCUGGAUGGAGAAUAGUAGCAGCAUUAAUAGUAAUAAAGGGCAGUUCUCCACAUUUUUGUUAUGAGAUUCGUAAGUUUGUCGAACACAGCUGAACCGCAUUGUAGUAGAACUAACUGAUCGUGUUGGCAGGUCCAAUGAAUCAAAUCCCCUGAAUCUUUAAA